AUGAUUGUACCAGAGAAGUCCAGCGAUAGCCCUUCCGGCUCUGUCGUCCGCGAAUAUGGAUUGAAUUCAAACCCUGGCCAUGGGUCAAGUGAUGCACAAUCUGUAUUAUCCCAAGAACCCCCUCCAUAUUCCGAGGCCGGGCCUUCAAUAUUGUCGAAUCCUACGCCCGCGUCACGGCGAGUCAAUUCCGCUCCCCAACCAACCAAGGCCCGUUCGGGAUCAUCACAGAGUGAACCGCGAAACCUGCUCGAUUCACCACGGCCCGUUCCGGCUUUACAUUCAUCCCCACCCCCACCAACCCAUCCUUCUCAGAUGCAAUUAACUCGAGCCCAACCACGUCUUCAACGACGUCCUGAUUCAACGUUCUCUUCCCCGCCUAGGUCUCCGAGCCAACACCCUCACCUCUCUCCGUCGAUGGAUUCCGAGCCCUCGCCACGCAUCGAAUCUCAAAGUUGUAAUUUCUUAUCCGAACACAGGCGCAAUGCCAGUAUCAAAGGCGUCUGGAAUCUAGACACCGGUCUCCCAGUCCCAGAGAGCCUACGCCCACACGUUUCCGAGUUUUAUGGAUUUUGGAACGAGAUGGACAAGAAAUCGCAAAAGGUUCGAGAGAAGGAGCGCAAGAAGCAUGAGGGUUGCAGAUGGGGGCGAAAGAAAUCAAACGAACUAUAUCAACCUCCCAAACUAGCCAAUGAAGGUGUCAUGCCCCACUUGAUGCUUGCUUCGAAGAAUGGUAGUGUCCAGGCCGAGGUCAACAUAUCUUCUAGCGAUGGGGUUCCAAGGUUGGUAACAGUUGUAGCCGAGAGCAACGAUGGGUCCGUCAAGCUUACUAUAAAUGGUCCUCCUGAUCAGUCUCUGAGGAUCUUUGCUACAUCGAUGGAUGGCUCGGUUCGAGUUCGCAUCCCACCCACAUUCGAGGGCGCCAUCUGGAUGACUACUGAUGAUGGAAGCAUAAAUAUAUCCGACGCGAUCAAGCCACGCCUCACGAAUUUUAGCAUAUCUAAUAAAACUGCUCGAUGCUACCUUGGUGACUGGCAAUCUGCUCAAUUCGGUCACAUCAAGGGGGCAGCUUCUUCCUCGUCUCUCGAGUCCGAGGACCCAUUCAAAACUUGGACUGGCCCACUUGUUCAUAUUUACGCGCACGAUGGGUCGGCCCAUAUCGCGUAUACAGGUGAAGAUACUUCAAGUACGUUUUCCAAGGCUAUGCGGAGCAUAUAUAACGGUAUUGUUGGAACUAGUAACGAUGGGACUGAAGGGGAGGCUAGAACGGAUUCUAAUAUCAAUCGCUAUCCAAUGGAUCAAGAGGCUUGUCUCCCAAGGAUGGCUUGGGCUACCGGAAGUCUUGGACCAGCGUCUCAUUCCCGGCCCCAUUAG